AGUGCCAACGCGUACUUUUCUGCCGCCCUAAACAGACUUAGUUCGAGUGGUGUGGCUUCAAAAUCUGACAAGGAAGAUGCUGCUGAGGUCACUAGGAUCAUUCUUCGUCCUUGUGGGGAUGGCCUUUGGUGUUCCUGCUCAGGAGAAGCGCAUUCAUCACCAUGGUGACCUGAGUGACCACGCCCAUGACGAUGCCCGCGGUUUCCAGUAUGACCAUGAGGCCUUUCUGGGCAAGGAAGAGGCCAAAACCUUUGACCAGCUCACCCCUGAGGAGAGCAAAGACAGACUGGCGAAGAUUGUGGACCGCAUCGACACGAACAAGGAUGGUUACGUGAGCCAUGGGGAGCUGCACUACUGGAUCAAGCACCGCCAGAGGAGGUACAUUGAGGAGAACGUGAACAAGCACUGGAACGAGUACGACAAGAACAAUGAUGGCAAGAUAAGCUGGGAGGAGUACAAGAACACCACCUAUGGCUACUAUCUGGAUGAAGAGUUCGAUGACGUGGAUGACAAGGCCACCUAUAAGGCCAUGCUGACCCGUGACGACAAGCGCUUCAAGGCGGCUGAUCGUGAAGGCGAUGGUGUUGCCACGCGUGAGGAGUUCACCGCCUUCCUUCAUCCUGAGGAGUUUGACCACAUGAGGGACAUUGUUGUGCAGGAAACGGUCAAUGACAUUGACAGGAACGGAGAUGGAAAGAUUGACUUGAAUGAAUACAUUGGGGACAUGUUCACACCAGAGAAUGGGGAGAGUGAACCUGAGUGGGUCCAGACAGAGAAGAAACACUUCACAGAGGUCAGAGACGCCAACAAGGAUGGUUACCUGGAUGCUGGCGAGGUCGCCCACUGGAUCCUACCAGGAGAGGUGGACCAUGCAGACAAUGAAGCCAAACAUUUGAUCCAUGACACAGACACAGACAAGGACGACAAAAUUACCAAGAAGGAGAUUCUGGCCAAUUGGAACAUGUUUGUUGGGAGCCAGGCCACCAAUUACGGGGAGGAUCUAACUAAGAGACACGACGAACUUUGAUGACAUUGUGUCAUGCAGUGGGGGUGGGGGGGUCCAAGGGAGGAAAUGUAAGGGGUUUUUAAUUCUUGCUAACACAAUGGAGAAUGCUGUUACAGUGGUUUAGGUAUUUGGGUCUUGACUGGUUUGGUUGGGAUGGAGGUGGGAGUCAGUCAGGGUUGGGGCUCAUAUUCAUACUAGUCUUUGUGCACACUCAUUUUAAUGGAAGCUCACCGGUGUGGUGCAUGUACAUCCACAGACCUGCCUGCACUCCAGUAGUGGUUGAUAGUUAUCAUUUUGUGUCCACAACUACAGAUAUGUGCACAAAUGCAUUCAAAUUCAUCAUAUAGUUAUGGAUUUGUGUUUAAGCAGGCAGUCACAGUGACACACACACACACACACACACACACACACACACACACACACACACACACACACACACACAAACAUGUGCCUCAAUAAGUUCAUCCCCCACCUUUUCAUAAAUUCAUUAAAGAUGUUAGAAAACCAGGUAACAGUCUCAGUUUACAAAUUUCUUAGGCAGUGGCCUCUUAAAAAGACACGUUGCCUCUGAAAAAUGACAUAUGCCACUAUGAUUGUAACGUGCAUGUGAGAUCACAUCUUUCAAAGGGGCCCUAAUGCCCAAUGCAACAUGUAAGAGCCAAGCUGUCCACGAGAAAGGUUGCAGGGGGGGAUAAAAGGAGAAAAAGAUGUAAGAUGGUGAAGGGAGGAGACAAAAUUGAAUUACUGUUUAUCGGUUGUGUUUUUCUUCGUGUUUAUAAACUAAAGCCAUGUUGGUUUUCCUACAAUUUUUUUUUUUGUGUGUUCACUUUGGAGUUUUUUUUUUUUAUUGCCAUAUUUCAUGUUAUGUCAAUGGUAUGUAAUAUUAUGUAUGUUGAGAGCACAGGGUCUCCUAAUAGCAUUGUAAAAAUGCAAAAAAGUUUUUGACAGAUUUGUUAUGAAAUUUAUCGUAGACCAUCGUGAUAAUCCAGCCAUCUUUCUUAGAAGUCACCUUGAAGUAUAUUUGCAAAUGGAGUUUUAAGGGCCAUGUUUUAAAAAAUAAAAUCAAAUAAAUGGAUCUCUAAAAUUGAACUUUUAAAUUGAAAAAAAAAGUUUUUGAAAAAUUGUUCAUUUUGAGUGAUUUAAAUAUAAAGAAAACGGUCAAAAUUAAGAUUACAAUUGUAAAGAUGACACGAAUUUCAUGGUUUAUCACGUCAAUUCUUCAUUUUAUUGAUUCUAAUCGUUCCAAAUUAUGCAAGCAGCACAUAUCCCUGGUAUGUAAGUGGUGAGUUAAAGAUAUGUGAUGUAUACUGAAAGGAUAAGGAGUUCAUAGUUAAAUUCCCACUGCAAACUAUUGUAUCACAUUGAAAGCCACAUUUCAGACAUCAAGGCAGUCUGCAAAUGCAAGCCCCAUGCAAAUCAAUGUAUAUAUGGAAAGAAAAGACUUAAUUUUGAAUAAUUCAUGUUUUACUUUUUAUGUUUCUUUGAUAUGAGUAAAUCUGAACUAUUUUAAGUUGAUACAAAUAGAGAACACGUUCUGUAAAGAAUUCCCCAAGACGGUUCAUGAGGUGAGUCAACCUUUUCAUUGUACAUUGUGCCUGCCGUUUCCAUUCUAUAGACCUGUUCAUCCUUUACUCUGGUCUGUUUCUUUAUUCGUUGUCGUUUUUUUGGCCAGGACAACCGUCUUUCUCUGUCUGAGAUCCUGGACAAGGCAGACGACAUUAAGACCAGUACCAUAACUGACUUUGGAGGCAUGGUGGUAGAUGAGCACGAUGAGCUGUGAUACUUCUCUCUGUCACAACUGUUGUAUAUUCUGACACAUUACUGUCUUCACCCACAACUGGAUGCCAUAAGGGCCCAGUUCCAUGUCAAACCCUGGACCCACACACAUGCCACAUCUGUGGACUCAGGUGGUUACACCCCAGUAUUUAACCCCCCCCCCCCGUAUUUUAAGUAUUUUUGAGUCAAAUAUAUGGCUUUAUUAUCAUAAGACAUUAGUCCUGGAUUAUAGCUCAACAUUUCUGUGUAUUUUCUUUAAUAAAUCUGCCAACAUUGCACCCCUGCUGGUUGAACCCUGCCAUAGGCGUGUGGUCCUAAAUGCUUGUGUCCAAGUACUUUUGUCCGCCGACACAUCACACAUGUUAAGUAAAAGGUGUUACCAACCCCACUGUUCUGAGACAGAUCUGACCCCAUCAAACCACUUCCCUUUCGUUUGUUUGUGCUCGUAGCACAGAUUACCUUGUUUUUGGGCAUUUUUCAAGGACUAGAAAGGGUAGGGCACAGCUGAUACUGUGGGAUGACAUUGCUCUUUCAAACAGUUGUAAUUCAACUUCAGACUUUGCAUUAUCUUAUACCAAUCAAUCAGUUUUCAAGGUGAAUAAUUUUUUUCUCAAAGUUAAGAGUCAAGGCCCAGGGGAUUGCAAAUCAAAUUUCAACAAGUUAAUAUCACCCAUAAAUAAUUUUCUUAAAAUAUAAAAAAUAAAAAAGAAGCAAUUUCCACCAUC